AUGACUGUCGCGCCGUGGGAGGAAGAGUCCGGAGCAAAGGGAGGGGAGGGCGAGCGAGGUGUGUGCGCAGCCCAGCAACUCAUUCGCAGCACCACAAGUGAAAAAAUAGCCUACAGGAAGGCCAAUCGCGGGGACGGCCCUGAAUUUGACGACCCGAUGGAGGGGUGUGGUCUUCUCGUUGCCCGGGGUGCUCUGCCGCUCGUCCAGUGUCACUCCAAUGACCGGCCAGCGCUCGAUGAUAGCAAGCACUACAACUGCCUCGAAGACUUGGCUCCGGCUUUGAUUCUCGACUAUCCGAGGCGGACGGGAGCGCUGGAACGGACUAUGGUUUGCGGGAGACGGAGGACAGGCCUCUUUGCAACGUCUCUCCCAAGUUGCACAGUCGAAAUGCCAGGGUCUGUGACUGUCAAGAACGUGUGCGAGUCUGGAGAAGCAUGGGACCCAAGGAGGACAGGGAAUUUCUUUGCUGUCGUCACUUCUCCCUGUCAAACUGUAUCGAAAUCGCCUAAAAAUGGGUGGAGGACAGAGAUUGCCGGCUUCCUCAAGCUCCACCGCGUGGCAGCAAGGACCGUCGAAAGGACUCAGCUAAAGUCUGCUGGACCGACGUCGAGCCAGUUCGUCUCGUUCCAGGAAGCUUCUGUUGGCUGUGGUUCAUCCGCAGCACCGGCGUCAAACCAGGGAAACCCCUUCGACAUAGCAUUUGACCGCAAAGUUGGGAACUGGGCGGUCCCCUGGGGCUCUGGUGUUGGUGCUUUUCGUUGGCGCCGGUGCCAAUCGUCGCCGCUUCGGGUCAGAGCGCCAGAAGCACUCAGGCCCAACUGUGGAGAAGCCCUUGUCUUUCGUUUCUUCCCGUCCGCGACCGUUGCAAUGGAUUUUCCCUCGAACGGGGGUCAAGAGCCUGGCAAGGCCUGCUGGGGUGUUGCGAAUCCGUGGACGCCGCGCCCACAAGGAAGCUCUUCACAGCACAAAACAGCAGAGCUGCUUUGCUUGUGCGAGUGUCCGACCAAGGGCUUUUUCUGCGUUGUGCCCCGAUGGCAGUGUUUUCUUCUUCGAUGGGCCGGCUGCCUUGGGCUGCGCUGUGCUGCUAAAAUCUGGCUGGUGGAGGGAGUCUCCGUGUGCGCGGGAGAUCCACCUGCGGGGCCGAACCAGGCGGGGGUGUCACUCAACGAUGACGGAGCGUUGCUAUCUGGUGCGUUGUGCCCUUUUCGGCUGGGAUUUUUCGACUUCUCCAUCAAAUGCCUGGAUUUACUGCCCGACCUUGUGGCUGGGUUUGGCCUUUGGGUAUCAACAGCGAAGCGGGCUGACGAACGACACCACGAGCAUCCAAUCUCCCUAGUCUGGUGCGCGCCCCAUGAGGUGGUCGAGGUGGUUGACGACUCGGAGCUUGCGCGAACCAAACAUCAGGAGACGUUUCCUGUACUUUCAAAAGUUUCGUUGUCAUCCUGGGUAGCAACUAACCCCAUCGCCCUUCGGCACCGCAUCGCCAACGCACUUGCGCCGGAAAGCCCAAUCAUGGGCCCGACCCACCCGGUCAGGAAUGCAGAUUCAUGCAGUCCGGGCCCGCUCGCUUUUCUCAUAGGGCGGGGCCGGGACGGCAAUGGGAGUCAUCGCUCCAUCUCGGACUUGAAUGGCUGCUGUCCUGUUGCCCGUCUAGAUCUGUCUCCCCGCGUCUUGCUGUCUGUAGGGUAUGCGUCUGAUAGAGCUGCGUACGGAUAUCUUGGGCGUCACCGCGGUACACGGACUCGAGAUCGACAUCAUGUUGUUGUUGUGGUCAAGUCACUGGAGUUUGUUCUCAAUCGUUGUUCUCGCCUCUUGGAUUUGUGUCUCGAAGUCGAAGGUGGUCUCGAACUCCGCACUAUCAGCUCCGAUAGGACCGUCCACAUCAGCCAGAUGAUGUACUUCAAAUUCUCCAAUUGUACUUACUCCAAGUCUGAAUCGUCCAAAGGCAAGGUGACAUGA